GACUUGCUAAAUCAUUUGCAAGGCCACACAAUGGGGACACCUCCUGCACGCUCACUCUCCAGUGUAGCUGCACUCAGCCCUGGGGUUUUCUGCAAGGGAAAGGGUUGUGUCAAGCUGUUAAUCAAGGGAAGCUAGCAGGCUUUAAGCUGGGAGGGCACAGUGGGUACUUAAACAGUGAACCAUGCCAAGUGAUUUAAAAUCCAGGAGAAUUGUGGCUGUAUGGAUCUGGAUUUCCCCUUAGGUAAAAUGUUUACUGCUGUGUCCAAAACUUUUCACCUGAUCCCCAUGGAGCCGCUGUUUGCAGCAGGGUGGGUGGAGUCCCUCGAGAGGGAUCUGUGAGAGCAAGCCAAGGCAAGAUGAAGCCAUUCAGAGCCUCUUGCUGGUCUGUGUGUUUGUGCUACGUUAGAGCAUUAUCAGCAGGGGUGUAGGUGCAUGUGGUUUGCUUUGUAAUGGAGUUACAAGCAAUGCUUCACAUUUUCCAUUUUGCUAACUCUGGAAUUCAUCUGGCAAUCCCAGCACACAUAGGAAUUUCAUUUAGCAGUUCCUGCAGCCUUUCUGGUAACCCAGCUCACCGUUCCUUGUGCACAGACACAGACCUGACCUCGUGUUUCAAUGUGCAGACAGCCAAGCAUCUUCCCCUCUGAGCUCUGUGCAGUUCAAGAUCCAAGCAUAACUGUCACCCUUAAGACAACAGUAACACUCUUCAGCCUUCAAGGCAGUUUGUCAGUCUGUUUGUUAUGAGGAGCAAAUAGUCCCAAGGACAGCUGAAGAAGUGCCAUAUACUCUCUAAAAAAUUGUGUAACAGGAGCUAUGAACUUUCAGUAAGGACAAGGGCAGGUUUCCAGUAAUGAUUUCUGUGUUGGGUGUGCUGAUGGGGAUUUCCCAACCAUGGACAUCCUUUCCAGCUUCCUCUUUUGAGGGGUUUAAAUUGCUUAUAAAUACCCUCUAAGUCUGAGAGCACAUGAGACAAUCUCCAUCUCCUUUGGCUUUGCUGUUCUGCAGUGCUCCCUGUCAGGCUUGGCCAGGAACCAUGAGGCUCUGGAUCUGCAUCGCGUUGCUCUGCACCGUUCUGUGUGCAAGUGCUGAGAGACCAGCGUUUGUCCGAGGAAUGAUCCGACGUGGACAAUUUAUCCGGGAUGCCGUGGGAGGGGCAAAGGAUAUGUACAGAGCAUACCGGGACAUGCGUGAGGCAAAUUACAAAGGAGCCGACAAGUAUUUCCAUGCCCGUGGGAAUUAUGAUGCUGCCCGGAGAGGACCUGGGGGUGCUUGGGCAGCAAGAGUGAUCAGCGACGCCCGGGAGCACUGGCAGAGCAGCGUGAGCGGCAGAGGCGCCGAGGACACCCGGGCGGACCAAGAGGCGAACGCGUGGGGCCGGAGGGGCGGGGACCCGAACCGCUACCGCCCCAAGGGGCUGCCCAGAAAAUACUAGCGCUGUAACGAGCUCCUGUCACACCUCCCUUUGUACAGCCGAAUAAAGAAAUUUCUCUUGGAACUGUUCCCUUCGCUGCGAGCGUCCAUCCUCCCGGGCGGGCGGGACUGCGGGGCGGCGGUGUCGGGGCAUCACGGGGGCUGUCAAAGGGUCGCCCUUGGGACCUCGGGUGCUCUGGGAGC